CUACAGCGCAGUUAUCUGGGGGGCCAAAUUUGGGCAAAGACGGUGCCGCGUUCGGCUAUCUGAUUGGUUCUCUGGAGGAGCACUGACGAUAACCGCGUCCACUUACAGGCAUGAGCUCAGCUGAAGGAAGAAUAAAAACUUAGAGGGGCCUCCAAUGACAUCCCCGAAUUUCCUAUCCCCGUGGGUCUCCGCCGAGGAAGAUGCGGGGGAAGGAAGGAUAUGGAGGGGCCUAAAGUAGCUUUCAGAGGUAGCAGCCGCUAUUUGAAUAGUACAGAAUCCAGUGGAAGACUGACGGAUGUGUUCAAUAACGUUAUCAUGACAGGUUGCAGUUCCUUCUAUGAUUGCUACAAAUUGCAGAAUGAAGAGAAUGUAGACUUACGGCAAACUUACAGUACUUCACUUUCUACAACCUCUGAAUGUUUAAACCACAAUGAUUCUUCUCUUUUCUACGUCCCAUGGUCCACUUAUGCAGAUGAUAAUAAACAACCUCCAAAUUCUCAAAUUAAUGUAAAGAGCAGGAUUCAAACAGAAAGAAAUGACUAUGGCAGUGAAACAGAUCUAUAUGGACUUGUGUCUAACAUCUUGGAAGAACAAGAUAAAUCACAGCCCUAUUUUACUGAAGGAGCAUGUGCCUCCAGUUUAAAAUCUGUAUGGCCUGUGAGCACUACUCGAUUUACAGACCACCCUGAUUUGUUGUCUGAAACAAAAAGAGCAAUAGAUGGAGUCAUUCCUCAGCAAGCUUUUUAUGGUGGAGAAUCUUUACCAGUUUCUGAAAAACAGUAUCUGCACACUGGUAAUGUAACUUUGCAGCAGAAGGUGGAUGACCUUUACCAUGAGCUUACUAAUAUAGAUCUUGAUGAGCAAUGGCUGUUUCCUUCCAGGAAUGAUAAUCUCAGCUGUUACAAUGUUCAGUCCAAUGAGAAUGCAAAGGCAUCACAAUUUCAAGACUAUUCAUAUGCGAAAACAUGUUUUACCCCACAAACCAAUCUUUUAGAAGCAAUAAAAGAAUCAGGAGCAGAUCCCUACACUUACGGAAGAGAAAAAACGGGGCCUAAGGGACAUGAUUCACAACAUCAAAAGAAAGCUGAAAUGUUUCUUUCACAAUUUAAUAGGUAUGGUGAAAGUGCUGAUUACUAUAGAUACCUGGAUUAUUCUCAUCUUAAUAAAGUAAAGCAAAAUAAAAACAUAAAUUAUGGUGUUCAAGAGAGUAAAAAAUUACCAAGUGGAACACCUGAGUUACCAAUGUUAGAUACAGAUAAUUAUAGUAAAAUUUUUCAAAACAAACAAGUAGUCCCAAAGAAAAUGGAAGAUGUAUCUUCAGAACAGCAGAGUUUUACAUUUCAAAAGACUGCAGGACUCAUAUCAGAGAAACAGUUUGUGAAUGAAAAUUCAUUUACCCCUGAUUUUGGCUUAAAGUCGGAUUUUACCCUGAAGUCUCAUAUAGCUGUUCCAGGAAGUGGUGAUUUUGCAAAUGUUACAGAAAAUUCAGAUUAUUUCAAAUCACUGAAUAUUUUAGCAACAAACCCAGUGACUACUUCACCAAACACAAAUCUGAGGCCAACAUGGAUAAAUAUACAAGCUAAAAACAGUUCCUCUGUCCCUAUUCGGAAUCAAAGCACCUUGAUAAAAUUGAGUAAUUUAUCUACAGGUUCAAAAGGUUCCAAUCAUUCUUAUGAUUUUUCUCAGCUAUCAUCAGCCAAUGUAACUUUAAAUAAUAAUUUAUUGCUUCAGAAAUAUCGCCAAGAAGCACCUACAGUAUUUUCUAGUUUUGAUUUCAAAGACGGUGGUGCUGCAGACAGAGUUUCUUCUUCCAGUCAUACAGAAGGAUUAAGUAAAGUAGAAGAAAGCCUUUUUGAGUCCAUUAUUGACAAAAAAAUUAAACCACCAAAUGGUUUUUGUGAUAACUAUUCACAGCAAUAUGGGAUCAUUGAAAAUGUGAACAAGCACAAUUUUCAAGUUAAACCACAGACUGGACAUUAUGAAGUUGAGGAAGGCCAAAAACAUUUAGAUGGAUUGUCUCAAAAUUCUUACCAAGAUAUACUGGAGUCUCAAGGCCACUUAAAUAGUCAUAGACAAGGAGGUGGAGAUAGUAAUAUUGUCAGUAACCGUGUAAAUCGCAACCAGGUUUCUUGUUUCUCAAAUAAUUUUAUGAUGGGUGAUUUGAGACAUAGCCCAAAUGCCCAACAGCUAAGUUCAAAUAGAUUUCCUUUGAAAUCCAACCAUGCUUUUGGACCGUCAGUUAUUCCUUUGAUGGAUUCCUAUGAUUUGUUUUCCUAUGAGGAUUUAAGCCAUUUGUACCCAUAUUUUAAUGAUAUGAUGUAUGGAGACAGUUCUUUCACCGGCUUCAUGCCAACAUUUGGAUUUCAAAGACCAGUGAAAACUCGAAGUGGAUCAGCCAGUGAGCUUCAUAUUAGAUUGGAAGAAUGUUAUGAACAGUGGAGAGCUCUAGAAAAAGAAAGGAAAAAGACUGAAUCUGCCCUUGCCAAGAAUUACCCUGGGAAGAAGGUAUCUAGCACUAAUAACACUCCUAUCCCAAGACUGACAUCAAAUCCAUCCAGAGUUGACCGUUUAAUUGUGGAUCAGUUACGAGAGCAAGCCAGAGUUGUGACUCUGCUGGGAAAGAUGGAACGUCUUCGAAGUUCUCCCCUUCAUGCUAAUAUCUGUACUGCUCUUGAUAAGCACUUGGAAGCAAUACAUGUUGUACAAUCCCGCAGAAAGGAUGAAAUUGUCAAUGCUUCACAUCGGCAAAGACAAGGAGGCCCCCGGUGUCAAGAUGACAGAGAUGUUUUUGCUCUUGCAUUGGCUAUUAAAGAGAUGUGCAUAGCAACGCGUAAAGCUCGUACUACACUGUGGUGUGCUCUUCAGAUGACAUUGCCUAAAACAACCUAUACAUCUGUACCAGCUGAAAUGGAAAAGGUUUUACAAGAGCUAGUAACAUCUCAAGAUAAAUUGUAUGAUCAGAUGAAUAGUGGCAAUCCUAUGAUUCAAAGGGGAGAUACAAAAAAGCACUGAAAUGCAAAGGCAAAACACAAAUACAUAUAUAUUUGUGUGUAUAUAUAUACACACACACAUAUAUAGCAGUACAUUAAAAAUGGUAAAUAUAUGUUUAAACAUUCUGUCCAAAUUAAAAGUAAAUACAUGAAAGUGAAGUUGGCUUAUGUGAAUCCAGCAGCUAAUUUAUAAGUAUCAGUUAACAUAAGCCAAGAUGUCUAUGUUAACUGUUGUUGGAAUCAGUAUAUUAAUGAGGCUGAACUACUGUAUUAGGUUAAAUAAAUCAGUACAUUUUAAACUUCUAAAUCCAUUCUAUAGUGUAAGUAUACACAAUGAGAGUUUGGUUGUAUAAUAAAAAUUCUUUUAGAUUACAUAAUUACUUUCAAAUAAUGAACUGAAUUACUGUCACAUCGUGUGCACAGUCUAGUAAGACAAGCUUUGAUUGUGAAAAGAAAAAAGAUUUUAUUUAGACAAUGAAUACCUGGAAACUGAAAGAAAACAAAGCUAAACACACCCAGUAUGAAAAUUUUUAAAAAUGAAAAUAUUUAAAGGAAGACAUAUUUAUAAUUUUGAAAUCUUAUUCUAAGUUUAAGUACAAAAUUAACCUGAUUUUCUCAAAUUAGUGAUGCUAUCAUAAAGUUAUUAUCCAACCAUGCACGUUAGGGAACAUAAAAAGAAACUGAAAUCAUUUGUACCUAUUAUUUUAAAUAAUAUCAAUAAAAAUUGCCUGUUUCAAAGUAUUUAAAUGUAAACAAAAAUUACAUUUAUGUAAUCUGCGUCCUUACAGUUGUGCUGCAACUAAAAUAAUGAGUAUUUUUAAUACCCUUGGUUUACUUUAAGAAGGGUAUCAAGAAGUUCUGAAAUGCACUUUCUUUACAGUUAACCAGUUUGGUUUGAAAUUGUUUAAUUUUGUUUCCUUGGUUUGCUUCUGUGUACUUUAGCACUGUUGAACGAUUCCUUUUGUCUUAAUAUCUUUUAAUAUCUUUUUAUUGAAUGUGAGUAACUUAUUAAAUUAGCAUGUUAUUAUGUGGCUCAGGAGAUCUUGGGUUUUAACAAUAUAGCAUGAACAUAAACUGUAUAAUGUCUGGAUAAAAUUUAUUAAUCUGCCCUUUGCUAGGUACAUAAAUACUUUAAGUAUUUGUGUUCUUCCAGCGUUUAGAAAUCCUGGUGUGCUAAAAAGUAUAAUCAAACCACAUAAAUUGCCUUUAGAUGAUGAGAGGAAUUGAUUGAGAUUGCAAGAGAAAAUAUAGGGAACAAUUUUGAUCAUUGAUAUGACAUUCCAUGCUGUCAAAAUAAACUGCAGAUGGCAGCAAAUUCAGAUGGCAGCAAAUUCAUACCACUAUGCUAUAGUAGCCACUCAAAAGAUGGGUUGAGUUUUGACAUUGAAAUGUUUCAUGUUAUGAAAACAAAUAUUGUACUGACUUUAGUCUCUCAAUUAAUAAACUGGAUUUUGUUGCAGUAAAUUGUGUUUUUCCUAUGUCUAUGCCUUGACUUUCAGAGACAAGAUAUUGGCAAAUAGGGCUUAAAAAUUAAAUUAAAAACUUCAGGCUCCCUUGUUUCACUUUUCCAGCAUUUUUACAAGCUUUUAGCUGUACUUUCUAAUAGGAUCAGAGAACUAGGAAUGUAUACCUAUUCAAUUUAGGUAAGAGCAGUGUUUUGGGCCGAGCCUACUAGUGUGCUUGUUGUAUUGAUCAUUGGCUUCUUUGACAAACUAUGACUGUUCUGAAACUGCAAGCCCAGGAAAAGGAAUGACAGGUACCUUGAGCACAUAAAUAUCAGAUCCAAUGCACUUUUCCCAGUUUGCACACUUGUAUGGAGAACUGUAGAAUUACCUGUUCAGUUGACAUAACAAAAUUUGAUCUGGACAAUAUUUGGAAAUAGUAUAACCCAAAAUAUAAAUUUCCAGUUCUUAUUGGAUAGGUCAAUACAGCAUUUAAAGGAGAUUAUUUUCUAUUUACUGAAUUGGGUAAUCUACUUUUCCUAGAAAAUAGAUGUUUUGUUCAUUUAUAUUCCACCUUUAUUAUUUUUAUAAACUCAAGGUGGUGAACAUAACCAAUAAUUUCCCCUAUUUUUCCCAUAGCAAAAACUCUGAGAAGUGAGUUGGGCUGAGAAAGAAUGAUUGGCUAAUGUUAACAGUAUUUUUAUAUGCUGUGAUCACUUCAAAGUCACCUCUGUAAUGGAACUACUGUUGUUCUUGUUUGAUGUUGCCUGGAAAUAAACAAAUGGUUCAGUGGUGGGUUCCGGUAUGCUGCAAUGGGGCCAGGUGUCCACCAGAUGCAUAAGUGCAGUAUGCCGCAGUAUGCGCAUGCAUACUUACCACCCGCAAUGCUCCAGCUGCUCGGCGGAGCGUUGCACAGGCGCCUUAUGCUCCGUGCGCGAAAGCCCUGAUAGGCUCAAAUAUAGGUAAGGAAGCCGGGCGGGUGGACCCUCUAGAGCACUGUACUGAACCCACCACUGAAAUGGUUGAAUAUUUUCAAUAUCAUAUAGAACUGAUCCUCACUACACACACUUCAGCAGAGUUCGCAUCUUUAUCCUGUCUCUUGACCACUGCAACUCUUUCUUACUUGAAAGAUCAACUACCCCCAUCUUCACCUGCAUCUUUAAUAAAUCAUUAGAGAUGUAUUAUAUUCCUUCUUGCUUCAAACACUACUAUCAUCCCUGGGGCCCAAGAAACCAUCAAGGAGCUGUGUGACUACAUACUGGUUUCUCUGACAUCUGUAUUUAAGAAAGCCUUUGAAAGAUUAGUGCUGAUCCACCUCAAAAUCAUCACAGACCCACUGCUAGACUUCCUUGCAGUUUGCCUACCGAGCAAAUAAAUGAGAGAUGAUGCUCUUAAGAUGUAAGAUGUAGUGGCACUACAUCUUACAACAUCCUAAAUCCCCAAGGUUUUUUGUAGACCUAUGCAAAGUCCUUUUUGUAGACUUCAGCUCAGCAUUCAAUAUCACCAUCCUAGAAAUUCACUCUAAACUGACUCAGCUAGUUAUACCUGUCCACUUAUAAAUGAAUUAU